AGAAAAGAAAACAUGUUUCCAACACUCUUCCCCCUCCUCGCGCUCGUCGCCCUACAAACGACAUCAACCCUCGCAGCACCCCUCACACCAAACGCCAACGACAUCACCGCCGCAGCAACCGUAGGAAAAAUCCGCGGCGUCCGCGACCCAAUCUACCACCUCUACCUCCAAAGCAAUCCCAGUAACUCGUCCAUCCCCGUGCUAGGCCCCGAAUCCAACGCCGACGAAUUUACCAUCGGCGGAACCAUCCAAAGCAAGAAAACGUCUCUGUUUUUGAACAUCGCGGAAGCGAGCACGAGCUAUAAGCCGUUGAGCUGGGGCGCGAGCGGGAGCACGACGGCGUGGGGGUUGGAAGGUGAUACUAUUAUUACUGUGCAGGGGAGUUCUUAUGGGAGACAGUUGAAUUUCCUGGCUUGCGCUUCGUCGUCUGCGGGGUACUACGAUUUGUUUCUUCAGACGGGGUCGGAUCAGCCUAGUGGGAAGACGUGCAGUAACUACCAGACCAUACAUUUGCCGUGUUUGUGUUGA